AUCUUGCCGGUCAUGACAUCGGAAACCUCGGUGCUUUGGUCGGUACGGGCGGCUUUUGCAAUGUUGUUGCUAUGGCCGCAGAGCUGUGCGGCACCAGUCGCCUGUUCACCUUUAUCUUGGAUACCCGGUAUGCGAUUGCUUCCAGAUUCCACAAGUUUCUCAGUUGGAUCUGUCGAACAGCAUGCAGAUUGGGCGGCCAUGUUAUAUGACCAGCUGCGCGCACCUAUUAUACUGAAUGCCGCUAUUAAUACGGCAAACGAACCUGCGAAUGCGACACUCCCUGAUGGCUCUCGAAUUACCAUCAAUACGACAUGUCCGACUAUGUCCAAGCAAUUCGGAAGGCUACCAGCCGUGACCCAGUAUCAAGUCCGGUUCAACAAGGAUGGCAACGUAUUUGCAGGUCACGACUGCUAUAUCUUUGCCGAAGCUACAAUCACGGCCGGAAAGUAUGCGGCGAAAGGCUGUAAUGUCAUCUCUGAGACAUCGAAAUCAUACGCCGAUUGCUCUAUAGACCGUGAUGAUGGUGGAGCGAAAGAAGACUGGCUCACGUUGUUGUCUUUGGACUUCAUGUCUAAAGUCCUUAAAUAUUCAGUCAUGAUGAACUUUACUCAGCCAUGGCUCAGCAAAAGCUUGGAGGACUACACGGCUGGGAUGCUAACAGUAGGGUACCAUGUCGCGUGGAGUGGACUGAUGGGGAAGUUGGGAAACGCAACGGAACCGGCGAAAUUAUUGAUGGCAGAAGAUAUCGUUUCGGUAUCUAUUGGAUAUGAGAAGGUUUUGGUCUGGCUGGGCAUGAAUCUGACCCUAUCAAUAGCGGCAAUCCUCGCAUUU